AUGGCCGCCGUCCACAGACUCAUUGGCCAGAGUGCCAGGCGCCUCUGCCUUCGCCCUGCGACUGCGACCUCCUUCGCCGCUCGCCCGUUCUCAGCCUCUGCCGCCCGACGAUAUGCGACGCCCGAGCAUCAGGGCACGCGCAUCGUGCCCACCGACGAGCACUUCAACUCGACCGGCGACAUCUACGGCUACCCGACCCGGCCCCAGCCCUCGAGCUCCGACAAAAAGCCGCGCGACGAGAACAGCGUCGAGGGUCGCAAAGUCAGGCACUACACCGUCAACUUCGGCCCCCAGCACCCUGCCGCCCACGGUGUGCUCCGGUUGAUUCUCGAGCUCAGCGGUGAAGAAAUCGUCCGAGCCGACCCCCACGUCGGCCUGCUGCACCGAGGAACCGAGAAGUUGAUCGAGUACAAGACGUAUCUGCAGGCCCUGCCCUACUUUGACCGUCUGGACUACGUCUCCAUGAUGACCAACGAGCAAUGUUUCUCCCUGGCCGUCGAGAAGCUGCUCAACAUCGAGAUCCCCGACCGCGCCAAGUACAUCCGAACCAUGUUUGGCGAGAUCACCCGUAUCCUGAACCACCUCAUGUCUGUCCUCUCACACGCCAUGGACGUUGGUGCCUUGACACCUUUCCUGUGGGGUUUCGAGGAGCGAGAGAAGCUCAUGGAAUUCUAUGAGCGAGUCUCCGGUGCUCGUCUGCACGCUGCCUACGUUCGUCCUGGAGGUGUUCACCAGGAUAUCCCCGUUGGCCUUCUCGACGACAUUUACCAGUGGGCUACACAGUUCGGUGACCGUAUCGACGAGACCGAGGAAAUGCUUACCGACAACCGCAUCUGGAUUGAGCGUCUGAGAGGCAUUGGUGUCGUCUCCGCGGCUGAUGCCCUGAACCUGUCCUUCACCGGCGUCAUGCUCCGCGGUUCCGGUGUUCCCUUUGAUAUCCGCAAGAGCCAGCCGUACGACGCCUACGACAAGGUUGAGUUCGACGUCCCCGUCGGCGUCAACGGCGACUGCUACGACAGAUACCUGUGCAGAAUGGAGGAGUUCAGACAGUCCCUGCGCAUCAUCCACCAGUGCCUGAACCAGAUGCCCGCCGGCCCCGUCCGCGUCGAGGACUACAAGAUCUCGCCUCCUCCCCGAACUGCCAUGAAGGAGAACAUGGAGGCCCUGAUCCACCACUUCCUGCUCUACACCAAGGGCUACGCCGUGCCCCCUGGAGAGACGUACUCCGCCAUUGAGGCGCCCAAGGGCGAGAUGGGUGUCUACGUGGUCAGCGACGGCAGCGAGCGUCCUUACAGGUGCCACAUCCGUGCUCCUGGCUUUGCUCACCUGGGUGGCUUCGAUCACGUUGCCAAGGGUCACUUGCUGGCAGACGCGGUUGCUUUGAUCGGUACCAUGGAUCUUGUGUUCGGUGAGGUUGAUAGGUAA